AUGGAUUUUGAUAAGGCAGCACAAAAAUUAAAGGAAAAAGGAAAUACUCAUUAUCAACGGAAAGAAUAUUUACAGGCCAUUAAAAACUAUCAAGAAGGCUUUUCCUAUACCAAUGAUAGUGAUCCCUUUUUCAAGACGAACAUUGCAUUGUGUUUUAUUAAAUUGAUGCAGUAUGAACAAGCCAUUGAGGAAUGUAAAGUGGCAAUUAAAUUGAACCCUAAAUUUGUUAAGGCUUAUUAUUUGAUGGGAGAGGCUUAUUUGCAUACAAUGCAUUAUGAUGAUGCAGAGAAGGCUUUUUUGAAGGCUGAGGUUUUGGCAAAGGAGUUACAUAAUACAUCGAGUUCAAUGUUAUUGAGUAUUUAUAAGGGAAUUGAUCAAUCACGAGCUAGAAAAUAUGAAAAACAAGAACAGGAACGUCAACAUGUGGUGAUUGAAAUGAAGAAAUUUGUGGGAAAGUUGAUGCGAGAGAGUGAGAAAAAACAAAUGUCUGACUCGGAGAGAGAGGAAUUUAAUUUGAAACAAUUUCAAUUAGAAUCGUUUUUUGAUCAAAAUAUUCAUCCACCUAAGGAGUUGGAAGUACCUGACGUGCUAUGUUGUAAAAUUACAUUUACCAUCAUGAGAGAUCCAGUCGUGACGCCCUCAGGAAUUUCCUAUGAACGAUCAGCAAUUUUAAAACAUUUAAAAGACAAUGGAUUGUUUGAUCCUGUCACACGAACACCUCUUUCACCAGAACAAUUGUAUCCUAAUUUAACUUUAAAAGAAAUUAUUGACGAUUGGAUUCGAAAGUAUCCAUACACAAUUACGGAAGAUCAUUAUUAUUCCAUUGAUUAA